AUGCCGAAGUUCAUCACGCCUGAUACGUGUUUGUCAUCUAGACCAUCACUCUACCAAGUGCAUAACGAGGAGAUCGUGGAUCAUCUCUUUCAAUCGGGCUUCCAAGCUGGCAAUUAUUCUGACAUAGUGCUCCAUGUACGCCAAAAUGCAUACCGACUACACGCUCUCAUCCUUUCGCGUUCUCCGUUCCUUGCACAUUUAAUGUCUACGUCACCGCAAACUGCCGGUGCAAUAUACGUGCCUCUAGAGCACGAACCGGAGGUUACCGAAGAGGGCUUUGCUAUCGCUUUGGGCUACCUCUACUCAUCUAUCUCACUGAAUCACAUCAACCCACAAAACGCGCGAGCAGCUCUCGCCGCAGGUUGCCUCCUCGGCCACAUGGACGAUCUCUGCAACUACGCGUACGAAGUGUGCAGACAGUCUAUCACACUUGAGAACAUCACCGCUUGGCUAGAGUUCGUGGACGCGACACCGGCCUCGUCCAAUGGUACCUCAACACCCAUUGAACCACCAUCACCACUUUCGCCCAGAACGGGUGUUUUCGGGCCCUAUGCACAGAGAUUGAGGGACGAUGUGUUCCAUUUCCUAGUGGUCACACUGCCGCAGAUGUUGAACGUGGGUGGACAGGCGACCCCUGUCUCACCACAUCCAGACGGACAUGCGCCGUCAGACGCUGGCAGAGACACCCUCCUGCAAGUGUUUGCCCGCGUACCGUUCGAUUUAUUCAAAACCGCUGUGGAGUCUCCCACAUUUCAGAUAGGUUCCGACCAAGCGCGCUUCAAAUUCGCGAAAGAUGCUAUCGAAUUGCGAAAACGGGGCGUCGCCCGUGGGCAGGGGGCAGAAGAAACCGUCGUGCUCGCAUUUGGUGGGGGCUUUGGUGGAAGCGCAGUUCAUGUCACGCGCAAAUUGCGUAAACGACCUUUGUGGAAGGUUAACUCCUGA